AGUUCAGGAGUCGCCAUUUUCCACAGUGUCACAGCGGAAAGUAUUCACGCCGGAGACCCUCUUGUUGGUUUUAAAAGUGACAAAGAAUUACGGAUAUUACGUCAAAGGAAAAUAUUAGAAUAAAAGGUCUUUUAAUGAUUGGUGACCUUAGGUCACAGUCACAUUCCUGUGGCAAAGAAGAAACGCGGUUGUUAAAUAAGUGUUAAAAUAUUAGAUAUAAAAAACAAGUAAGAUCAACAUUAUGCAGUGACUAUAAGAUAGGGAGUAAUUUUGAAUUUCACCUUUAGCUAAUGUUUUUAUUACGUCGUAAUAUUUUCAUUGUUUAAUACGCACAAAGCAUAAUGUAUUUGAGCUUUUCUUUCAGUUAUGUUUACAAAAAAUCUGUCUUUAGGAUACAUCAUGGAUCUGUCAAUUUCUGAAGCUGUAAAUUUAUAUUUUUAUAAGAUUAACAUUAUGCAGUGACUAUAAGGUAAGGAGUAAUUCUAAAUUCAACUUUAAUUAAUGUUUGUAUUACGCGGUGAUAUUUUCAUUGGUCGAACAGUAAAUUUAUCUAUAUACUUCUUCUAGGAGGAAAUUAACAUUGUUAAUAAUUGUUGUCUAUUAUAGUUAUUGCCGCGAUUCGAAUCAAAUCUACAGAGUGUCAUGAUGGAAAAAGAAGAAAAAUUUAUUCAAAAAGUUUCAAAUCUUGAUAUAAGUGAAAAACCUCUCUUGGUUGACCUACCAGAAUUCAUCUGUAGCUUGAUUGCAUCUUAUUUGAAUCUGAACGAUUUUCGAAAUUAUCGUUUAACAUGUUCGUUUUUGUGCCAAUCAACAUACUCUCGCAUUGCAAUGAUCAACAUGAAUAUAAAUUUUGACUUCCUAACUGUUUCUGAAAAAGAAUUAUUUCGCUUUACGGCCUUCAUGGAAAAAAUGCAUAAUGGGAAAACAUUUGAUAAAGUAAAGAUAUAUGGUAGUUGUUAUGCACCACACUUUGAAGCCUCAGAUAAACUCUGCACUGCAUUAACUGCAGUAAAGGAUACUUUGGAAUUAGAAACAUAUUGUGACAAUCUAAAUUUUAUUGGAAAAUUUUGUCCAUCAAUUCAAAGGCUACGAUUACAUAGAAUAUGGCUUCUACAACCGCAUAAAAUUACAGAUCAAACAUUUAGCAACUUUCCAGCCUUGAAUGAAAUAUAUCUUACGGGUAGGACUUUUCCUCUUGAAGUUCUUACUUGGAUUUUGGAUGGCACUCCUAUGUUGACAUCAUUUACAUUGGAAGACAUAACCUUCCUGAGUUAUAUUCCUGAGUACCGGUUCAGACAAGCUCGUAUUCGUUCUUGCUUUUAUCCUAUUCCAGGUAUAACACCUUCGCUUUGGUUCCGACAGCGUUUCAUGGAACCACGUCCAGAACCAGAACCACCAAAAAUGCUAUAUCCUGAUGUGCAGAAAAGCAUGAGUAGUGUUACCAAUAUUCGCCAUUGGUCAUGGCAAAAUGUUGUGUUUGAAAAAUAUUUAGAGCUAUAUUUACCUGAAUCUGUUUCAUCAUUUGUAUGUAAUUUACAAAAUGAAUUUGUAAAAUGGAAACCAGAAAACAUCCAAAAAUUUAGUUACAAAGCACGGAAGCCGAGUGAAAACGACAUCGGAAAUCGCGUCCGAAAUAUUAUUUACGAGUUGCCUUGUGGAAUCAAAACCACGUGGAUUCCGGAAACUUAUGUAAACUUAACACAUUUAACGUUGUAUGAUGUUCAUUUUGAAGAAUCGAAUUUUCCACUUUGUAAACACCUGGAGUACUUAAAAUUAUCGAGAACGAAAAACACGCAGGCUUAUCUAGAAGCUUUGUCACUGCACCCAGCCGAUGAGCUAAAGACGUUAACUUUAAUGCAUCUAACAGAACAUUUUGGCUAUAAAAAAUUUGUUAGCACUCUGAAUAACUUCGAUUCGUUGGAGUAUGUCAAAGUGGAAGAGUCUUUUAUCAAUAUUCAAUAUGUUGUCGAUGAGUUGUCGGCUAUGAAUUCUUGUUCUAUAAAACAUUUAGUUGUUUUUCAAGGUCAAGAUCAAGGGACAGAUAAAGUUUUCCAUUUCAAAAAUAACAAGAAGCCGAAGAAUUCCGCCAUUGUUGAAGAUCAAGCGAAAGAGAAAAAUACCACCAUCAGCAUAGACAAAUAUGUGAUGUAGUGGAGACUUUUCAUGCAACGAAAACGCGAUGUAUGUAACCUUCAACCAAAAUGGAAUUUUAAUUAUACAAAAAGAAAACAAAAACGUAAACCCAGGGUUUCAAUUAGAUACGAUAAAAAGUAAAUUAAUUUCAUUUGCAGUGGUCCUUAAGGUUUUGUUUAACUUUUAUUUCAAAGAGAAUUUGAGCUUAACUGCGUCAUGAUCGUGAAAAUAGACAGUUAUAACUAUAUAUACACACAAUCAAUAAGUGCGUAUGUAGAACUUUUAUCUGUAAUUUUGAACUAGUUUUAUGUAAUUUUUUUUAUUUUGGAAAAAAAAGAGCUAUCUCAAUU